AUGGCCCCAGGGCCAGAGGUUCUGAAAUCUGUCACAGUGACAGGUGUUAGUUGGUGUCGUCACAUUUCCCGUGUGACGUCAGACCGUGUCUGGAUCUGUGAUUAUAAAAACAAUCUCAUCUUGACAAACAAAGCAGGUGAAAAACUAUAUCAUCUGACAGAUAUAAGUAGUGGACUAUUUAGCUAUGGAGUACACACUUUGAACAGUGACGGUGAUUUAAUUUAUAUAGACAGUGAGUAUAACAUCAACAAACUGUCUACAGAUAACAAGGUGAAGACUACAUUAAUAAAGUACACAGCAGCAUGGAGACCACAGUGUGUCUACAGCUCCCCCUCCACUGGAGACCUGCUGGUCGGGAUGUACAAUUCUGAAACACAGCCACAUACAGCCAAGAUAGUGCGGUAUAACUCCACAGGAGGAAAUAUCCAGAUCAUACAACACCACCACAACACAGGUCAUAGACUAUAUAUAUUACCUGCCUAUAUCACUGAGAACCGCAAUGGUGAUGUUAUUGUGUCUGACUUAGUACGUGGUGUUGUGGUGACGGAUCGUCAUGGUAAACAUCGCUUCUCCUACAGAGGACCUCCGUCAGGAUCACGACUAGAACCACAUGGAAUCUGUACAGACGCGUUGUCACACAUCUUUUUGUGUGAUGAUAACACCCGCUCAGUACAGAUGAUUGACUGUAAUGGCAACUUUCUGUCACAGAUACAGACACUACAACACGGGAUAGACAUACAACGGAGCCUGAGUUAUGAUGAUACCACACACACACUGUGGGUAGGGUCAGCCAGCAACAAAGUAAACAUAUACAGAGUGGUAGACGGAAACUCUCUGACCGGACUUCCUCUGGAGGACAUCAAAUGUAAAAAGCAUCCUAGAAGUCCCCUGGACCAGUUCUGUACCCCGUGUGGUGUUCCCUUGUGUGUGGAGUGUACCAGCUCUGAGGAUCACAGCAGACAUGAACUUACGAAUAUAGAUACAUUGUUUGACAACAUUCACUGGAAAGAAGAUGGAGAUACAUUUUUGAUGUGCCUUCUUCUAUCCAAUUCCUACAAAGUAAACAUGAAAGAAGGAAACUGGAUGACAAAAUAUAAUGCUGUUGCCAACAGUUUUGACUCCAAGGAAAUCACAAAGCCGUUUGCUCUUACAGAUUUAGAAAAAUACAAACCAAUUCUAAAACUCAAAGAAUUAGAGAUCAGUUUUUCAACUGAGCUCUUCAAAAAUAUGAGUUUCCUGAAAUUUUCGAAGAUUUCAAAAUUUCUUGAUAUUUUCCUGACUUGGGCCGAAAAAGAAAACAUUGCUGAGUACUGUAGAUCAUGGAAUUAUCCAAGAGGAGAAGAUGAAGUUUGCUGUUGGUUACUGCCAGAAAAAACAGAGGAGUUGCUAGAAAGACUUGGAGAAGAUAUUUGCACACACUCAACAAUGAAGGACCAGUCAAUACAUGAAGCAGUAUUUAGACAAUUCGGGAUACCAAUGCAGAUUAUACUGAGGGGAGACAAAUCAGUGAAGAAUUUCAUUGAGAAUCUAAAGAAAGGAAAGACAAUGAUGUACCACGCCUCUGGGAUGAUAGUAGGGUGUGCUGGUAGUGGUAAAAGCACAUUGUUAGAGAGACUGAAGGGCAUAGAUCUGGAUAAAAUAAAGGAAAAAAUCUGUUCAACUAGGGGGGUCGAUAUUCACACUGAUGUUUUCGACGUGACAGAUAGCAUCAAAGUAAAUUCCUCAAACCUACAACAACACUUUAAAAUUAGACUUGACGAAAUAAAGCAGGAGCAGAAAAAUUCUGAAUAUUCAGUAGAAGCAGAUGAUGCUACGAAAAUGCCAAAAAAUGUGGAAUCAAUAGAAUAUGAGGACACUAAUUUUGAAGCAUCAAACCCAAGAAAGAUCAUGCAUGUCAAUACAAACAGUCAAUAUACUAUAUUAUAUGAAAGAGAAAAAGGGGCAACAUCAUUACAAAAGACACUGGAAAUUAUAAAGGAAAACCAACAUGCUCAAAAUUAUAGCACUAAUUUUGAAGCAUCAAUCCCUGGAAAGAUCAUGCAUGUCAAUACAAACAGUAAAUAUACUAUAUCAUAUGAAAAAGAAAAAGGGGCAACAUCAUUACAAAUGACACUGGAAAUUAUAAAGGAAAACCAAAGUGCUCAAAAUUAUUCAGAUAUAUCUGGAAAUUUGCCAAUAGAUGCAAGAAAUAUUUCAGAAGAUUUUGAGAAAAAGAUCACCAUGACUGACUUCGCAGGACAGUGUGCAUAUUAUGCCUCACACCAGAUUUUUUUGAGUCCACGGACAUUCUUCGUUCUUGUGCUGAAUAUGGAGAAGGAGUUCGAUGAUAAGGUUGGAGAAGAAGUAUGCUGUCAAGAAGGUUCCAUUUACAAGGGAUGGACAAACAGAGGAGAGAGGCUUGUUUUUCGUGAAAUAUGGAAGACUCUAUCCAUGAAGGAAAAGGCUUUGCACAAACAUCUUGAUGUACAGAAGCAGUUUGCAAUUGGAUUCAACGAAAAUGAAAGUGUCGAAAAAAUAAGACUGUCAAUUGUUGAUGUUGUUCAAUUACUUGAUCACUGGGGAGAAGAGCUUCCACAAUCAUGGGCUAUGUUUGAAAAGUUCUUUCAGGAAAAGAAAAACCUCAAGAUUUUGAGCAAAGAUAAAAACCACGCAAAAGAGGAUUUAUAUGCAUUUGCCUCAGAGUGGGACAAAUUCAAUGAAACUGGAGAAUUAUAUGACACAUUGUUGUUUGCUAUAUGGAAAAUGAACAACAAUGGUUACAUUGAACACAAAGACAACAUCAUGCUUUACAUGGAGAAACUAGGACUCUUAGCUAAAAUGAAUGAAGAAAAGUGGUAUGUUCCAUGUAUGAACAAAACACCAUUUCCUGUAAAUUACUUUUCAUCAUACCCUGCCUCAUCCGUACUUUGCUACACAUUUGAUUUUCUUCCUGCGGGAAUUUUCCAUCGCCUCGUAGCAACUUGCAUGCAGAUUCCUUGGGAGGUUUUCGCUGAUAACGAUCAAGGGUGUAUUUACCAGACUGCAGCUAUUUUCGUGUUUCAUGAUUUGCACCAUAACAUCAUGCUUGGAAUGACUCAAAAAGAAAUUCAAUUGCAAGUUUUUGUUGCAGUUGGAGAAGUUGAUGUUUCAAAAUGUCACCAGAUUAGAGAAAACAUUGGGCGUAUGUUACACAACCUUUUCAACACAUUCCAGAAAAACUCAGAAUUUCACGUUGCGUUCAAAUGUAAACCAACAGGAUUUUGUGACAGCAAGGAGAGCGCGGUCAUAAGUGAAUCUAAGUUUAUAAGAGCAACUUUUCAGUGUCCGUCCUGUCCGGCGAAUGAAAAACAUUGCAUCGACACACAAUAUAUUACAAAAUUUUGGAAACAGGUUCCUGAGGAGGAGUCCAAGAUUAAUAAAGUCAAGAGUGGAAAUGAGGACACAACAUUGACAGAGGCCAUGAAGGGCGCUACAUCUAUCGAAUUACCUUCUACAGAUAAUUCCAGUGAAAAUUUCGACAAAAUCAUGAAGUUGUUGCACAUUGGAGUUGACGCUAUACGAAUCUGCUUUGAUAAAUUCUUUCCAAAAGAGCAUUUAGAAAAGACUCUGAAAGACAAUGAAACAGACAUGAGAAAAGGACAGUUUCGAUUCCAACCACCUCAACUAGAGAUUCUGUUCCCUCCUCAAGGUGGAUCUUACAGUGUUACAUCUUUAUCUAUGGACAUUACCAUCAUGUAUAAAUUGUUGAGGAAUUUCUCUGACAUUGCUCCCCCCGGGAGUGGAUGGGGAAAGGAACCUAAAGUAGAGCACAUUACAGAGAGUGACGACAUAGAGAGGAUUCGUUUAUAUAGAAACAAGUACUACCAUGAUUCAGGAAGUGAUCGUGCCAUAAAAGAUCAUGUUUUCAACAUAAUCUGGACUGACCUUUGCCAGGCAAUAGUGAGACUUAGUGAAGGUGUUUUAAAAAGAAGGAUCAGUGAAAUAUAACGAUGGAAUUUACU